AUAAGAGUCGGCUCCCCUGACCUGCCGCACCACAACACCUGCCAGCCUGAUCUGCCCGCAAACUUAAAAGUUGUGAUUGUGCCUGCUGUUACUACAGAGCGACAUUCGCUCUUUACCCCUGACACAUACGAAGCGGGGAGGCAAAGCACGGCACACCGCGAGCACACAGACUCGGCAUUAAAUUAGCCCGUACUGAUUCCCCUCACCCCUUCGAGAUUCAGCAUCAGGCUGCGCUUCAACAGGGCGCCGUACCACCUGCGAGGGAGCGCGAUCAGAAUCCCAACGAGGAUGGCCGCCCAAGCCAGCGAAAGCAGUGAUGACGGCACACACUGCGCCUUCUUUUAUGGCACACUGAUGGUGCCUGAAGUGUUCUAUUCUGUCUGCUACGGCAGCAAAGACGUGCCCGAGGCCAUCGCCAAGCUGCACACGUUCCAGCCGGCCAUCCUGCACGGCUACUGCCGGCGCCGCGUCCAGUUUGCCGACUACCCUGGCAUCACCAAAGACGAGGCCCACCAGGUUUUUGGCACUUACGUGACAGGGCUCACCCGCGCCAACAUGGCUAAGCUGGACUACUUCGAGGGCGGUCAGUACGAACGCCGGACUGUCACCGUCAAGCUGCUCGACAAGGUCGGCAAUUUGCAGGGUGAGGGCAAUGUCGAGGGUGAGGAGAGGACGGCCGAGGUGUACGUGUUUAGGGACGAGAGUGAUCUUGAGGACAGGGAAUGGGACCUGGAAGAGUUCCGCCGCGAGAAGCUGAAGUUCUGGACACGCGCCGGCUAUGUUUUUGAAGAUUGCGACCCAGACGACCCAGCAGUUGUUGAGGGCAGCCAAGGCUGAUCCAGACAGCCAACUGGAGCAAGUUAUGAGUUUUUUUAAUACUACCCGCGGAAAGCAUGACGUCGGUAGAUUCAUCCUAGUCCUUCUGGCUUGGAAGAUAGACUUAGAGCUGUUUCCACGGAGAGAUUCCCGCAGUGGCCAAUAUGUCACGCUCGAGAUCCCCGAAAAGACCCACGCUCUUGGUUGGUAGUCCAGCACCUUCCUCGCCCCCUUGCUCUUGGUGCGAGUACUGCAGGCAUAUGUGUAGAGGGCUCAUCCAGGGCCAUUUCGACCCGUCCGUCAUGGUCCAGAUCUCCUCCACCGGUAGCUACAACGGCUCUCCAUUUUCAGUGGAGUUGUGCUUCUUCAAGAUGCUGCCCACGGCCGUGGCAAAGGCGAGCCAGCUGUGCCCUAGCGUCGUCGUGAAGUAAUAUCCCUUCUCACACAUUAGCAUCGACAUCGG